GACAAACACAUAUCAUAGAGGAAUGAGUUCUAAUAACUUUUUUGAAUGGAGGAUCGGCAUCAUGAAUGUCGAAGAGAAAUAUCUCACAGCAGAAGGAUACGGAAAUAAGAUAAAUGCUUGCGGAACGGCUCUUCGCCAAAAACAAACAUGGACGGUAGAAUUCCAUGAGGAUGAAACCAUCUACAUCCGAAGUUACGCCAGAUAUUUUAUUUCUGUGGAUCGUCUUGGUACCGUGACGUGUGAUGCCAAGGAACGAGGAGAAAACGAAAAAUUCCUACUAGAAUACGCCACCGAUGGAUCCUCGCGUUGGGCUUUUCGAAAUAAGAAACAGAAAUAUUUUCUGGCAGGGACGGAGGAUAAAAUUGACUGCCUUGCCAAAAAAGCAACCGAUGAAGACCUCUCGUUAUGGUACGCACCAUUUGCCAUGCAUCCGCAAGUUACGCUGUUUGCUUUGAUGGGCAAAAAAUUUGCAAUAGCUGACUCUACGAAUGUCUGCGUUACCGGGAGCAAAGCGUGGGGGGCAUCAGCUCUGUUUACAAUGGAAUUUCACUGCGGCAAAUAUCGAUUCAAAACCGCUGAUAAUCGAUAUGUCUGUAAGGACGGAUCGAUAGUCGAUACUCACGACAAAGAUACGCUUUUUGGUAUCGAGAUUCACCUGAGCGAUGAUAAGUCACUUAAAGGACUGACAUUCAAAGAUAACGAGGGCCGGUAUCUAUCAACGAGUGGUCCAUCAGGGAAACUGAGAGCCCAUCAGAAGGUUUUAAGAAAAGAAGCUCUGUUCCUGCUGCAGGAAUGUCACCCUCAAGUGACGAUCGUGGGGACUGGGGGGAAAAUAGCAUCCGUCGGGUUGGAGGUGAUGUUGAAGAAUAUGCCACAAGGACCAACAAAGUCAGAAUUAUUCCAGUUAGAGUAUCAGAGCAAAAAGAAGAAAUGGACCAUUGAAACAUACGACGGAACAUUCUGGACAACGGGUAAAAAUGGUCGAAUAGAGGCAAAUACAGAAACAGUGUCGGAUGACAGUUUAUUUGAAAUCCUGUGGCUGUCCAAUGGAAUGGCCAGCAUUAAAGGGUCAAAUGGCAAACGUUUAGUUAGCAAAGGAACCGGUAAUCUUGUCGCUAACUUUCCGGAAGAUGAAGACGACAAAGGCUUCCAAAUCCGGAUUUUGAAUCGUCCAGUAAUUGUUUUCCGAUGUGAAUUCGGAUUUAUCGGAAUAAAGACUUCCGCCGGAAGUAACAAAGAUGAGUACAUCUGCACCAAGGCGUAUCCCAGCGUCAUUACCCUAGAUCAACUGGAUGACGGCAGAUACAGUCUCCAGAGCGAAAACGGAAAAUAUUGGUGCAUCAAUCUUCAAACUGGGGGCCACCCAACGAUAAAAGCAAACAGUGCGGAGCCUGUUCCAUUUGUUCUGGAAUUUCGAGAUACUUCCGCUUUGACAAUUUUGGCGCCUAAUGACCGAUAUAUGAUUUAUGAUAAAGUUGGUCAUUUUCAUGCGGCAGCCACUGAACUGGGUCCGAAAUGCAUGCUUUAUUGUUGAUGCUUGAACCGAGAACG